CACUGAUCCGCUGAUCGCACAGAAGAGGCUAUGCUAUCGUGUUGAUUGCCGCAGGAUCAAGGCCUGGACUGCAAGGUAUCGUUUCGGACCCUGUAUGCUUAAGCAUCGCGCACUUUCUAAUGAGAUAACUAUCCUCCUUACGCAGAUGCCUCAACGACCACUCGGGUUGAUUCUUUUCCAUGCAUGUGAUGCAGGAACUUGCAGCCAAGUCACGUGACUCAAAUGUUGCUUAUAUCACUACAGCCACACUUAGCCACAGAAUGCGCCACUACGACUAUCGAUAAUCCAGUUCUUUGCUACCGACAACGCUCAACUUCGCCGCACCAUCUCCGCAGGGCUUCACGUUUCUGUGUGGAAGCGCAGCUGAUUGAUACCACGACAACAUGCCCCCUCCACAGAUUAAGCAGGACCUGAACCGGUCCGGAUGGGAGACCACCGACUUCCCCUCCGUGUGCGAGAACUGCCUGCCCGACAAUCCUUACGUUCAGAUGCUCAAGGAAGACCAUGGCGCAGAAUGCAAGAUUUGCACGCGUCCUUUCACCAUCUUCCGCUGGAAAGCUGACCGCACCGCGCGCCAGAAGCGUACUGCCAUCUGCUUGACUUGCGCACGGUUGAAGAACUGCUGCCAAUGCUGCAUGCUGGAUCUGUCCUUCGGGCUGCCGAUCGUCGUUCGUGAUGCUGCUUUGAAGAUGGUCGCCCCAGGCCCCGAAAGCACCAUCAACCGCGAAUACUACGCACAAGGUCACGAGAAGGAGAUCGAAGAGGGGCGUGGCGCGGUGGAGGAAUACGAGAAGACGGACGAGAAAGCCCGUGAGCUGCUUCGAAGACUCGCCAACAGUGAACCCUACUACAGGAAGCCUCGCCAGAUAGAGGCCGCACCCCAAGACGAGGAGGGCGCGAGUGCAGGACCCAGCGACGCACCGGUGGUACACAGCCGCUACGGAAAUGGCCCGGGACCCAUUCGCACAAGCGAAAGCAGGAGGGGAACGCCACUUCCGGGUAGAGGACGAGGAGGUAUGCGUGGUGGCCGUGGUGGCCGCCCAUUCCCCAGCGCCGCUCAGGUGCCUCCAUCGGCUGAAGAUAUCCUACCGCCUGCGGAUCCAAACAUCACAUCACUCUUUGUUACUGGCGUGGAGGAUGAUCUCCCGGAACAUACGCUGCGGACUUUCUUCACACAAUUUGGACAGCUGCGGUCGCUCAUUUGCUCCCACCGUGCUCACUCUGCGUUCGUUAACUUCGCAACUCGGGAGGGUGCUGAGGCAGCUGCCAAGCAGUGCCAGGGUCGGGCUGUCAUCCAAGGCUGCCCUCUGCGUGUUCGAUGGGGUAAGCCCAAGCCGUUGGAUAACAUGGAUCGGGAGGAGCGCUUGAAGAAUGCCCGGGAAGGUCGGCAGGCGGCUGGCCCGAGGGCAGCCGAUUCUGGAAAGAGAGCCAUCACAGCUGCCGGCGAAGAGAUUGGCAAAGAGCAAAAACAACGGAGUUAUGCUGUCGCCCCACCCCCGGGUGCUGGAGAGGUCCAGUACUCCAGUCUGUCUGGUGAUUAAUCUGCAU